AUGGCGGAUCUUCGUGACGAGCUAGACGCCACAGUGCUCUUCGGCUCCGGAUAUGUGUGCGUUGUCGGCCCACCAAGCAGUGGCAAGACUACCCUACUCCUGGAGUAUCUGGUGGCGCGUGAGCGACAGGCCGUGCGCAGUGGUGACGGCGACGCGGCGGCCUUCUGCAUGGAGUACGUGAGUGCGCGCAGUGCGCCGCAUGGGCUGCUGCGGUACUUAACACAUCGCCUGCUUCCCAAUGCGCGGCGACGGCGCCUCAGCUACGAGUGCACGCCGUUGGAGUUCGGCGCGUCGCUCGUCGAGUGGGUGGAGGCGCACCCGAGACAGUCGGAGCUGCACCUUGUCGUCGACGACGCCGACGUGUUGGAGUACAGUCCAGAAGAGAUGAACUUGUGGCUCUCACACUAUUUGCGCGCGCCGGCCGAGCAGCGUUGCACUGUUAUUUUGUGGUUGAUAUCGGAGCUGCCGUUGCGCCUGUCUAACUGCUUUCGAUACCACUUCAUUGCUCGUCCGGAGGUGAAGAGCAUCGUGGAGUGGCUGCGUCAUCAGUUCGAAAAGGAGCGGGGACUCUUAGCUGGCCCCGAGUCGGAGGAAGACGACUCGGAACACACGGUGGACGCUGCCGUGACAACCACGCUGAGUGCCGAUGAGGUGAAUCGUGUUGUACUGGAUGCGUUCACCUACUACGCGACACACCAGCCGAUGUGUUCUUCCGUUGUGAGCCGCGACGUCCGUCUGCUCGUUCAACGCGUGUACCAGAUCCUCCCGCCGCUGUUGCUGGAGGUGGCGGCGGCCGCAUCAGCGAUGCCGGGUGAGUCUGGAGAGGCGGCGGUAUCUGCGUCCACCACCACCGACGCAGUUAAGAGGCUGAAUGCACGCCACUUCGCUGCAGCCUGGGGUCAGUAUCGGAGCGAUGGUGGUGGUGGCACCUCAUCGGCGAUGGCUGAAUCUGGCGCCGCGGCGUCCGCGCAAAACACGCUCGUGCUGGCCCUCAAGCGGCUGGGCUAUUCGGCGGUGCUCCUCGCCUUCGCCGCCUUCUACGGUGGGGCCGUGCCGAAGCGCCAGCAGCACCGGGUGUUCGGUCGCAUGGGGAGCGGUGAGCGCAAGCCGCCCAUGUAUGAGGCGAAAGGUCAAUCGCACAAAGCUGCCGUUCUCUCCGCCUCUGCCCACGUCGUGACGUUACGCCGACUUGGUUUUCUUUACGACGCGAUGCUGAGAAUGUGUACGCCGCACAUUGACCCGCUCGAGUUUACAACGGCGGACGUGGCACUGCAGUACGUGCAGGGCUUCGUCGCGUGGGGUUUGCUCACGCCAGUCGUCUCGCAGCGGCACCGCUCUUACCACUGCUGGAUCCCGGUAAGCACGGCCCAGCAGCUGGCGCGUGAACUCUCACUGAGCCUGUUUGACCUCAUCCCCGCCUGA